AUUCGGGAAUUACUGCCCAGCAGCCGACUAAGUUGCAUUCCUUGAAUCUUCGCAGAAAAGACAAUUCUUUAAUCAGAGUUAGUAAUGUGGACAGCACAAAAUCGAGAGAGUUUGGGGCUUCUUUCUUUCCCUGUGAUGAUUACCAUGGUCUGUUGUGCACACAGUGCCAAUGAACCCAGCAACAUGUCAUACGUGAAAGAGACAGUGGACAGAUUGCUCAAAGGAUAUGACAUUCGCUUGCGGCCGGACUUCGGAGGCCCCCCGGUGGACGUCGGGAUGCGGAUCGAUGUCGCCAGCAUAGACAUGGUCUCCGAAGUGAAUAUGGAUUAUACACUCACCAUGUAUUUCCAGCAGUCUUGGAAAGACAAAAGACUUUCUUAUUCUGGAAUCCCACUAAACCUCACCCUAGACAAUAGGGUAGCUGACCAACUGUGGGUACCAGACACCUACUUUCUGAAUGACAAGAAAUCAUUCGUGCAUGGGGUCACAGUGAAAAAUCGAAUGAUUCGACUGCAUCCUGAUGGAACAGUUCUCUAUGGACUCCGAAUCACAACUACAGCUGCCUGUAUGAUGGAUCUGCGAAGAUAUCCACUGGAUGAGCAGAACUGCACCCUGGAGAUUGAAAGUUAUGGCUAUACCACUGAUGACAUUGAGUUUUACUGGAAUGGAGGAGAGGGGGCAGUAACUGGUGUUAAUAAAAUUGAGCUUCCUCAGUUUUCUAUUGUUGACUACAAGAUGGUGUCUAAGAAGGUGGAGUUCACAACAGGAGCAUAUCCACGACUGUCACUAAGUUUUCGCCUAAAGAGAAACAUUGGUUACUUCAUUUUGCAAACCUACAUGCCUUCUACACUGAUUACAAUUCUGUCCUGGGUGUCUUUUUGGAUCAACUAUGAUGCAUCUGCAGCCAGAGUGGCACUAGGAAUCACAACAGUGCUUACAAUGACAACCAUCAGCACCCACCUCAGGGAGACCCUGCCAAAGAUACCUUAUGUCAAAGCGAUUGAUAUUUAUCUGAUGGGUUGCUUUGUGUUUGUGUUCCUGGCUCUGCUGGAGUAUGCCUUUGUAAAUUACAUCUUCUUUGGGAAGGGCCCUCAGAAAAAGGGAGCUGGCAAACAAGACCAGAGUGCCAAUGAGAAGAACAAACUGGAGAUGAAUAAAGUCCAGGUCGACGCCCACGGCAACAUUCUCCUCAGCACCCUGGAAAUCCGGAAUGAGACAGGUGGCUCUGAAGUGCUCACGAGCGUAAGCGACCCCAAGGCCACCAUGUACUCCUACGACAGCGCCAGCAUCCAGUACCGCAAGCCUCUGAGCAGCCGCGAAGCCUACGGGCGCGCCCUGGACCGGCACGGGGUGCCCAGCAAGGGGCGCAUCCGCAGGCGCGCCUCCCAGCUCAAAGUCAAAAUCCCCGACUUGACUGAUGUGAAUUCCAUAGACAAGUGGUCCCGAAUGUUUUUCCCCAUCACCUUUUCUCUUUUUAAUGUCGUUUAUUGGCUUUACUAUGUACACUGAGGUCUGUUCUAAUGGUUCCAUUUAGACUGCUUUCCUCUUCUAUUGUUUUUUAACCUUACAGGUCCCCAACAGGGAUACUGCUGUGUUUCUUGAGGUAAGAGAUUCAGCCAUCCAAUUGGUUUUAGAUCUUGCAUAUGUUUUAUUAUUGCACCAUGUUUACUUCAAAAAGACAAAAAAAAAUUAUUUUUUUCCAGUCUACUGUGGUCCAGGUUAUCAGCUCUUUAAGAGCUCUAUUAAUUGCCAUGUUUACAAACAAACACAAGAGAGAAGUUAGAUAGGUAGAUCUUUAGCAGUCUUUUCUAGUUGCCCCAGAUUUUACUGAUUUAUUUUUUAAGUGAAAAUGAAAAGAGGACCUUGCUGUCCACCUGCACUGCUUCCUGAUCAACUGUAACAAUCUUAUGUUGCCAAAAAAAAAAAAAA